AUGGCGACUUCUCUAGCAGCGAAAGCCUCUGUUGUUGCCCUGGUGUCUAUUGUUCUUAGCUUCCUCUUCGGUCCCGAGGUGCAUCGCACCGUGACCGUCAUGGGGGUGUUCAGAACUCCAGCGAGCACGGUGCUAGCCAGCACACACGACAUCGUGAGUAUUGAAGGAACAACAUACUGCGAAGACUUGCAUUACCAUGACCCGAGCCACAGCCUGUUCACAGCGUGUCAGGGGUCGAACUUGACAACACAUUCCUGGUGGCCACCCGUGGCAAUAUUCGACGAUGUUACUGCUGUGCAGCAUGCUCGGGGAGCGCUCUAUGUUAUUGAUGCCAAUACUCAGAAGGCUCAGAAGUUGGAGUUUGAGAACUUUGACGCUCCGUUAGUGACUCACGGCAUCGAUGUAAUCUCGGACCCUGAUCUCUUGGAAAGAGAGGCAGUCUACAUAUUUGCCGUCAACCAUCUUCCAAACCCAGACUACUAUGGUCCGUACCCCUACGACUCGGAAAGCCUCCGAAAUUUCCUGGCUCAGGCUCGAGGCAACAAGCAGAUCUUGAAAGCGCGCUCGCAAAUCGAGAUCUUCCACCACACCAUCGGGUCCUCUACGGCACGCCAUCUUCGCACAAUCCAUGACCCCCUGAUCCAAACACCCAAUGAUAUCCUGGCGCUAAGUCCUACCGAGUUCCUCGUCACCAAUGAUCACCGCCACACCGAGGGGAGAAUGAGAGUUAUUGAAGACGUCUGGCCAGGUGCAAACUGGGGAAGCGUCGUCCAUGUUCAAUUGUCUUCGCUCGAGGCUCCCCAGGAAGAUGUCAGUGUGGAAAUUGCUCUGGAUAAGCUGCGCAACACCAAUGGGCUAGGUCAUAGCCGCUCCGAGGAUGAGUUCAUGCUUACAAGCUGCAUGAGUGGCAUCUUGCACAUUGCAAAUGUGCACUCCACGACCAAAGAAAACCACCACAGUCACACCGAAAUCCACUUGCUGGAAUCAUUGCAGUUUGAUUCCGUAGUGGAUAAUCCGAGUUACUUCCACGAUCCCUAUGCUAACAGUUCUUAUGAUGCUAGUGGUUUUGUGGCAUCUGGUAUUCCACGACCCAUCGACUUGCUGAAGAAUAUGAGGGAUCCCACGGCGAAAGAUGGUGCCAUGGUAUGGCUCGCAAAACCAAGUGUCCAGUCUUCCGUCGGUGGGAGUGGUGAGGUCAGUCCAAGUACACACGACUGGGAAAAGCAAUUGCUGUUUGAGGACGAUGGAUCCCGGAUCCGGUCCGCAAGUGCUGCUGUUCUUGUGGCUAUUGAUCCGCAUGAAGAGGAGGGAAAGAGGCGGGCGUGGUUGUACGUGACUGGUUUCAUGGCCAAAAAGAUCGUUGCUGUCAAAGUUGAUAUUUAG